AUGGACCAAUUCAAGCCAAGCCCAGACGUACAGUCUCACGCUACAGUGCCUCAGGAGUUCCAACACAUCUUCUUGGUUACUGGCCCGGCAGGAUGUGGUAAGACGACAGUGGCCCAACAUCUUGCUAGUCAAAUGAAUGUGCCUUACAUUGAGGGCGACGACUUCCAUCCACCAGCUAAUAAAGAAAAAAUGAGCAACGGCAUUCCUCUGAACGACAAUGACCGCUGGGACUGGUUGAUAACGCUGAAGGACGAAGCCGUCAAAAAUCUCGAGACUUCAGACGCCUGCAUCGUUACGUGCAGCGCAUUGAAGAAGAAGUAUCGGGAUGUCAUUCGUGUUGCUAACUAUGAGCAUCCAAGUGUCCAGAUUCAUUUCGUCUUCCUCAAAGUUGAUGAGGAAGUACUGCAGAAAAGGGUGGCUUCACGCAUCGGCCACUAUAUGAAGGCGGAUAUGGUUCACAGUCAGAUGGUGGCACUCGAAGAACCGGAUCUGGAAUUAGAGACAGACGUAAUCAGAAUAGAUGUGCGCCAAGACAAAGAACAGGUGCAACGAGAAGCUUGGGAGAGAGUUGAGGCUAAGAUGAAGGAAUACGAGGAACUAUUGAAAGCUAGGAAACAGCAGAAUGGACAUGCUACUCCUGCGUAUUCGUGA